ACCGCCUUGAGGCCUAGUAAGCCUCUUUUUAACCGGGCUGAGGCGACGAAGUGCGAGGUUGGGGAAAACGGGCUUCGCUUUUUCCUUUAUUCGGGGGUCGAGGCGGGAGGCUGGGCCAGGACUGACGUGUCUCCGGGGGUUAGACUGGGACCGUUUUCUUUCCUAUGGGCUCGCGCAAGUUGUGAACCAGGGUGCACUAGGGAGAGAGAAGUGUGUCACCUCACAGAUCUAUAAACUGCUGCCAUGGCGAUGUAUGUCGAUCAUCGGACUGAAGCCCCUAGUUCCUGUGGGCCCCCUUCACAUAUGUCUUGGCAUGAUCUGCAUCCAUUUUUGGCUGUUGCCUCCAUCAGUGCAAGCUCUGGUGGCAGCGUGGAUAUUUAUCAGGAACAAGGGGAGCACUUGUCUGAUGUGCGCACAGAGAGGAAUUUCAGGGCCUCGUGUCUCUGCUGGCAUCCAUCCAAGCUGAUCCUGGCCAUGGGCUGGGAGCUGGGGGAAGUGGUGGUGUUGAAUAAGCAAGAUAAGGAACACCACACAGUCCCUGCCUACCACCGUGCCGAAAUCACAGUCCUGAGCUGGAGCACCAAUGGCUCCCGCCUCAUUUCUGGGGACAGGCUCGGUGGCCUCGUUUUGUGGCGGAUGGACCAGCGGGGUAGAGUUCAAGGCCCACCUCUGCUUCAGCAUGAAUACGGAAACCAACUCAGCCAGUGCAUCUUUCGGCCUCCUCCUCCUAGCGAGGACCUGGUUCAGCUGGCGAAAGCUGCAGUAAGCGGUGAUGAGAAAGCCUUGGACAUGUUCAACUGGAGGAAGUCUGGAGUCGGCAUGCCUCUGAAAGUGGGACCCCAGGAAGGGCUGUCCUUGUUUAUUGGUGUGUCAGAUGGCUCUGUGCAUUAUGUGAACGACCGAGGGAAGACAAGCCACAUGUUGACCGCUGAAGGUCCAGUCCAAAAGCUGCUGUUCAUGGAAAAAAAGGAUGUUUUGGUCGUAAUAACGGAUGCCCUCCUGUUAUCUCUUCACAAAAUUUCUCUUGAGGGAGAAGCUGAGGAGCUCAUGAAGGUGAAACUGACGGGGAAGAUAGACCACCCUGCAGAUAUCAUUUUGAUUGACCAAGGCCUUCUUAUCACAGCCACAGGUGAACCGGUUCUUAGGUUGUGGGACCUGGAGUUCGGCGAGAACUACGUGCUGCCUUUAGACGUGCAGCUUGGGUUUGAAACUGGAGAGUCUGUCAGCUGUGUGUCCUAUUGCAGUGCUAAAGGUCUCCUGUCAGCUGGCACUAACAAAGGGAGGGUGGCGAUGUGGAGGAGAGUGCCUGUAUCUAGCCCAAGUUCGUGGUCGUCAGACGGCAAGGAGAAAUGGAAGCUUCAAGCCCCUACAGAGCUCGAGGGGAAUAUCACUCAGAUCAAGUGGGGUCCCAAGAAGAACUUGCUGGCUGUGAACAUCACCAGCUGCAUGUUGAUCCUCAGCGAGCAGGCCAUGUCCUCCCACUUCCACCAGCAAGUGGCGGUGGUGCAGGUGUCGCCCAACCUUUUCAACGUCACCUUCUUCGGCACGGCCACCACCCACAACCUCCGCAUUGACAUGCACGUGAAUGGAGUUUUUGCCACAAAGGAUGCGGUGGCAUUCUGGAACGGGAAGCAAGUUUCCAUCUUCGAACUGUCAGGCGCUGCUCUGCGAAAUGCAGGUUUGUUUGCCUGUGACUCCCCUGUGUUGGCGAUGCACGAAGAAAGCCUUUACACCGUUGAGCCAAAUCGCGUACAAGUUCGCACUUGGCAGGGCACUGUUAAGCAGCUGCUGGUGUUCUCCGAAUCUGAAGGGAACCCAUGCCUGCUGGACGUCUGUGGGAACUUCCUGACCGUCGGAACGGACUUGGCCCACUUUAAGAUUUUCGAUCUUUCUCGCAGAGAAGCAAAAGUAUACUGCAGCAGCAAGGCCCUGGCUGAUCUGGUUCCAGGAGCCGGUGGCAUCGCCUCGGUGAAAUGCAACGCCAGUGGCAACAAAGUCAGUAUCCUCAUCAGCAAGGCCGACCAAAGCCUUGAUCCCAGAGUCUGUUUCUAUGACAUUGAGAUGGACACGGUCACCCACUUUGAUUUCCACUCCGGUCAACAGAAGGAUGCGAAGGAGAUGAUGUGCUCUGCCGGACAGGAGGCUGACAGCACAGAGGGCUCCGAACAUCCCGAUCUUUGCGGCCGCAUCCCUGUUGCUCAUUUUUGGGAUCAAAGUGAACCGAGGCUUUUUGUAUGCGAAGCCAUUCUUGACCCAAGCCAACAAUCAUCGGAUAAGAAGCUACACAUUUCAGAAAAUGUAAUGGAUGUUUUGGUUGUAUCCUUCUUCAGUACCGAGGAGCACGGUCUCUUGAUGCAGGAAACAUUUCCCUUGCCAUCAGCCUACCAAUCUCUUCUGGGCAUGGAGGUGCCGCAUUAUUACUUUGCCAAAAAGCCUGAAGCCGAGAAAGAAGGCGAGGGGGAGGCCGGAUUGAUGCAGCUGCAUCAGAUGGUAGCCCGGAGACCGAUGCGAGACUUCAUGGGGCUGGAAGAGUGCAACAAGGCUACACGGGACGCCAUGCUUAACUUCAGCUUCUAUCUCACUAUUGGGGACAUGGAUGAGGCCUUCAAGUCAAUCAAGCUCAUCAAAAGUGAAGCUGUCUGGGAGAACAUGGCCUGCAUGUGUGUGAAGACGCAAAGGCUGGACGUGGCCAAAGUGUGCCUGGGGAACAUGGGCCAUGCGCGAGGAGCCAAAGCUCUACGGGAGGCGGAGAAGGAGCCAGAGAAGGAGGCGCAAGUGGCCAUGUUGGCUGUCCAGCUGGGCAUGCUGGAGGAAGCGGAGCAACUGUACAAGCAAUGCAAACGCUACGACCUCCUGAACAAAUUCUACCAGGCCUCGGAUCAGUGGCAGAAAGCCAUCGAAGUGGCUGAAGCGCAUGACCGCGUCCACUUGCGCACCACCUACUACAAUUACGCCAAGCACUUGGAGGCCACGGGCGAGCACUCCGUGGCACUCAGCUACUAUGAGAAGUCAGAUACCCACCGGUUUGAGGUACCUCGGAUGCUUUCGGAAGAUCUCCACGCCUUGGAGUGUUACGUCAAUAAGAUGAAGGACAGGACCCUGUGGAAGUGGUGGGCCCAGUACCUGGAGAGCCAGGCAGACAUGGAAGCAGCUUUGAAAUACUACGAACUGGCUCAGGAUUAUUUUUCCCUGGUCCGGGUUUACUGCUUCCAAGGGAACAUUCAGAAGGCAGCGGAAAUAGCAAACGAGACGGGGAACUGGGCGGCCUCGUAUCACCUCGCCCGCCAGUAUGAGAGCCAGGACGAUAUCAAGCAGGCCGUGCACUUUUACACCCGGGCUCAAGCGUUCAACAAUGCCAUUCGCUUGUGCAAGGACAACAACCUGGACGACCAGUUGAUGAACCUGGCCCUUCUCAGCUCACCAGAGGACAUGAUCGAGGCAGCGCGUUAUUAUGAAAAGAACGUGGAACAAAUGGACAGAGCUGUGAUGCUCUACCACAAGGCAGGGCACUUGUCCAAGGCUCUGGAGUUGGCCUUUGCCACCCAGCAGUUUGCUGCCUUGCAACUCAUUGCCGAGGACCUGGACGAGAAGUCUGACCCUGCCCUGCUGUCUCGUUGCUCCGACUUCUUCAUUGAGCAUGCUCAGUAUGAGAAGGCCAUUGAGCUGUUGCUGGCUGCCAAAAAGUACCGCGACGCCCUGCAGCUUUGCCUGACUCAGAAUUUGACCAUCACUGAGGAGAUGGCUGAGAAGAUGACCAUCUUGAAGGAGUCCACGGAGUUUUCAGAGGACGCCCGGCGGGAGCUCCUGGAGCAGAUAGCCGAUUGCUGCAUGCGGCAGGGCAAUUAUCACAUGGCCACCAAGAAGUACACGCAAGCGGGAAACAAGCUGAAGGCAAUGAGAGCACUUCUGAAAUCAGGAGACACUGAGAAGAUCGUGUUCUUUGCCGGAGUCUCCAGGCAAAGAGAAAUAUACAUAAUGGCUGCAAACUACCUGCAAUCCCUGGAUUGGCACAAGGAUGCAGAGAUCAUAAAGUACAUCAUCAGCUUCUACUCCAAAGGACGGGCUCUUGACCUCUUGGCUGGCUUUUACGACGCCUGUGCUCAGGCGGAGGUGGAUGAGCACCAGAAUUAUGAGAAGGCGUUGGGGGCCCUCACCGAAGCCUACAAGUGCUUGUCGAAAGCAAAGGCUCGGAACCCAGUGGAGCAAGAGAACAAACUGACCCAUUUGCAGAGCAAGAUGGCGCUGGUGAAGAGAUUCAUUCAAGCACGGAGACUUUACUCAGAAGACGCAAAGGAGGCAGCCAGGCAAUGUGAACUGCUCCUGGGAGAGCCGGAUCUUGAUAGCGCCAUCCGUUUUGGAGAUGUCCUGGGCUUCCUUGUGGAGUAUCACCUGCAGGUCCAGGAGUUCCAGAUGGCUUACCGCUACCUGGAAGAGAUGCGGAAAAAAAUCCCCUGCGUGAAUCUGAAUUAUUACGUGACUCAAGAGGCGGUCGAGGCGGUUCACAAAGGGCUGGGUAUCCCCCUAAGCCGGAACCCUGCUCCGGAGAGGAUUCGGCACAACAGCAUGGAAGACAAGGGGGUAGAAGACGAAGUGGCCGACGAAGUGGAGUUUUCCUAAGGAGCAGGAGGCUGCUUCAAGUAGUAAAUUUGUAAGAGGAGGAAAGUUUUAAUUUUCUGUCUGGACAUGGAUUUAAAGUUUCAUUUUGAGAAA